GGGUCAUCUAGACAACGGCUGGCACAUUCAAUCACCAUUCCUUUUAACGAAUACUGAAAGUAAAAGCACCAUGAAUUCCUUCGCAGCGAUUCUAGCAUUCGCUGUGGUUGCUGUUGCUGUUGCAGAACCACCUUCACCAUAUCAAUAUAACAGACCAGGAGGUUCCGGUGGAUUUUCAUCUGGUGGUGGCGGUGGAUUCUCAUCUGGUGGUGGCGGUGGAUUCUCAUCUGGUGGUGGCGGUGGAUACUCAUCUGGCGGUGGCGGUGGAUUUUCAUCUGGUGGCGGUGGAACCAGUUAUGCAUCGAAUGGUGGAUAUGCUUCAGGAGGCGGCGGUGGUGGACGUGGAGGUGGUUUCUCAUCAGGCGGUGGAUUCUCGUCAGGCGGUGGAUUUUCGUCAGGUGGAGGAUUUUCAUCUGGCGGUGGCGGUGGAUACCAAGCUGUUCCAAGUGGCGUUCAAACAUCCGAAGGACAAUACGUCGAUCCACAAUUGUUGGAACAAGUACGACAAAUCCUAUUAAAGGAAGAAAGUCAAUCUGGUGGAGGCGGAUUCGGUGGCGGUGGAUUCGGUGGCGGCAGUUUCGGUGGAAGCAGUGGUGGUGGUGGUGGAUAUCCAUCAGCACCAUCUGGCAGUUAUGGACCACCAUCGGGAAGUUACGGACCACCAUCAAGCAGCUACGGACCACCAUCACAAAGCUAUGGCGCACCAAGUUCUUCAUCGCGUGUCACUGGUAUCGAUUUGGAAAAUGCAAUUCAAGCCCUUCAAGUUGCCCAAUUCCAUCAACAGUCGCAAUCGAGCAGCGGAGGCCAAAUUGGUGGUGGAAGCGGUGGUUAUCCAUCAGGACCAUCGAAUGGUGGAUAUCCAUCUGGUCCGUCGCCAAGAACACCAAGCGGCAGCUACGGUGCUCCAUUUUAAGUCAAUUGCAUAAUGUCAAAUUCACCAAAAAUUAAAAAUUAAGAAGAAAAAGAAAUGACCGACAGCGAACACUCUAAACUGAUCAUGAUUUAGGAAAAACUAUGGACAAUUACCCUGAUAUGCAUAGAACUUAAGUUUCUAUAUUUGAAUGUGUGAACCGGAAAAAAAAUGAUAAUUUCAACGCAAACUUUCCAUCCUCUUAAAUUGCGUUGAAAUUGAAUGUUUCUCUUUUGUAAAUAUUUUUUUUUAAUAUUUUAUUUAUAGGUCGUAAGUGUUUUUAUUUAAAAUAAAAUUUUGUCACCGUU